AUGUCUACUGUAGUAGAUGAUAUUUGUGAACUUUUGGAUAGUUACAAUGGAAGGGACAAGGUUGUCCGUCUCGCAUGUUAUACUUUUAAACUGUAUGGUUGCCUAAUAGGAGAAAAGCCAUGGCAGGCAGCUGGCUCACGACUUUCCAAUGCAAGAAUGAUGCUCAGGCUCUUUGAUGAUAUUCCAAUGAUCAGGCAUACAUAUAAUUAUGGAUUAGGAAAACAUGAGUCAUCCAAAGUAGCUGCAACAUUAGGGGUGUUAGCUAAUAUGGUUGAUCAAGUGUUCUUGCCAGUUGAGAAAGCUUGCUGGUUACAUGAACUUGGCAUAUUGAAGUUGUCUACGGAAACGGCUGACAAACUUGAGGUGUUCAGCACAGCACUUUGGGCUGCUAGCCUUUAUAUAUCAUUAAUACAAACUAUCCAAUCAGUACAACACUUAUGGUGGAGCAAAGAUUGUCUAGAAAAGUCGGAAGGUGGCAGUGAUGUUAAACAAAAGCUAGAUAUACGGCUUGUGCUACAAAUGGUUACAGCUAGCAAGCUAUGUUUAGAUAUUACACACGCAGUCAGUUGUCUUCCAUCAGGGUGUCUAUGGGGGGAGAAAAUUGGUGCCACCAAAAUAGCAGCAAUAGCAACUACCUCAUCUGUUAUAGGUAUUGCAAUGUACUUUGCAAAGAAACGGUUAUUAAAGUAA